AUGACAUGCGAAUUAGAUGGGACUCGAGUAAAAGAUAUCUAUGAUGCCGCCUAUUUCGCACCCAUGAUUUUUAAACUGCAAAAAAAGAAGGAAGGUCCUGAAUAUGCAAAACAGCGAAUGAUCUUUGAGAAGCAAUUUAAAGAGAGUGAGGGUUUUGAUGUGGACUGGGACAGUUUUGACUACAUAUUCUCUGUCGUCAACUUCCACUGGCAACCAUAUCUUGAUGAUAAGCUGACCAAUGACGAGCUGCUCAAACUACUUAUACGGACAGCCAUUAAAGAACACGAUGCUGAAGAUGAUAAAAAGCUUGAGCUUAUCGAUUAUGUAGGUGCCAAUAUAGUACCGUGCAAGGGUCUUAUGUAUUAUAUUACAUUUAGGGCCAAAGAUCUUUCCUCAACAGAUCCAGAGCCACGACUUUACCAAGCCAAGGUGCACAAGUUCUGCUAUGAUAUCUACGUCAAAAUGGUCAGGGAAAAGCUUAAGCAAAGUGCCAGUAUCAACAAUAUGAAUUAG